CAAGGUGAUGAUUAUACAAAGAGUGGUAUUGAAUUCCCGACCUGGAAAAAAUGGUAAUCCAGUGGCAGAAAAUUUCCGAAUAGAAGAAGUAAAUUUACCAAAUAAUAUCAAUGAAGGACAAGUACAAGUGAGAACUCUUUAUCUUUCUGUGGAUCCUUACAUGCGUUGCAGAAUGAAUGAAGACACUGGCAGUGAUUAUAUAACACCUUGGCAGCUGUCUCAAGUGGUUGAUGGUGGAGGUAUUGGGAUUGUAGAAGAAAGCAAACACGUACAUUUUACUAAAGGCGAUUUUGUGACUUCUUUCUAUUGGCCCUGGCAAACCAAGGCUAUUCUGAAUGGAAACAGCCUUGAGAAGGUAGACCCACAACUUGCAAAUGGACACCUUUCAUACUUUCUUGGAGCUAUAGGUAUGCCUGGUUUGACUUCCUUGAUUGGGAUACAGGAGAAAGGUCAUAUAACUGCUGGAUCUAAUCAGACAAUGGUUGUUAGUGGGGCUGCUGGUGCUUGUGGAUCCUUGGCUGGGCAGAUUGGCCAUUUGAUGGGCUGUUCCAGAGUGGUGGGAAUUUGUGGAACACAGGAGAAGUGCCACCUUCUGACCUCAGAACUGGGCUUUGAUGCUGCAAUUAAUUAUAAAAAGGGGAAUGUGGCAGAACAGCUCCGUGAAUUUUGUCCAGCUGGAGUGGAUGUUUACUUUGACAAUGUUGGUGGUGACAUCAGUGAUACAGUGAUAAGUCAGAUGAAUCAGAACAGCCAUAUCAUCCUGUGUGGUCAGAUUUCUCAGUACAACAAAGAUGUGCCUUAUCCUCCUCCACUACCCCCUGCUGUAGAAGCAAUCCAAAAAGAAAGAAACAUCACAAGAGAAAGAUUUCUGGUGUUAAACUAUAAGGACAAAUUUGAGUCUGGCAUUCUACAGCUGAGUCAGUGGUUUAAAGAAGGAAAGCUAAAGAUUAAAGAGACUGUGGUAAAUGGAUUGGAAAACAUGGGAGUUGCAUUCCAGUCCAUGAUGACAGGAGGUAACAUCGGAAAGCAGAUAGUUUGCAUUUCAGAAGAAACCUCUUUGUAAUAUGUAUAAG